AUGGAGCUCCAAAUCUCCUUUUCUCUCCUCCUUUUUCUUCCCCUCUUCCUCUUCUUAAUCAAAAGAUUUAGAAGCUCCAACUCCAAUGAUAUAAACAAAAAGCUUCCUCCACAGCCAUGGAAGCUCCCUCUACUUGGACACCUGCAUCAUCUCUUGGGAGCUCUACCUCACCAUGCUCUAGGAAACUUAGCCGAUAAACUAGGACCAGUCAUUCGUCUGCAACUCGGUGAAGUCUCCGCUGUCAUAGUCUCAUCACCUAUUUUCGCCAAAGAAGUCAUGAAAACUCAUGAUCUCUCUUUCGCAAACAGACCCAAGCUUCUAAAUGCUGAGAUUAUUGGAUAUAACUACACAGACAUCGUCUUCUCUCCUUACGGUGACUACUGGAGACAAAUGCGUAAAAUAUGUAUCUUGGAGCUUCUAAGUGCUAAAAAAGUCCGUUCUUUCCAUUCAGUUCGUGAAGAAGAGUCAUGGAACCUCAUUCAAUCCAUUGGCAUGCAGGGAUCAAAAACAAUCAAUCUUACUCAGAAAAUUUUCAUGAUGACCAAUGUUAUCGCGUGUAGGGUCGCAGUUGGGAGCAGAUGCAAGGAUCAGGCGUUGCUUCUUGCAUUGAUUCAAGAGACUGUAUCUUUAGCCGGUGGUUUUGAUUUGUCUGAUCUGUUUCCAUCUGUCAAAGUUCUGCAUUUUCUAACUGGCAUGAGGAACAAGUUAGUGAAGAUACGCAAGAAGAUCGACCAUAUUUUGGACAGCAUCAUCUCUGAACAUGAAGAACGUCGUGCAGCUGGACAGAACAACCACAACGAAGACCUUCUUGAUGUAUUAUUGAGGCUUAAAGUUGAUGGUGGGCUCGAGUUUCCGAUAACAUCUGACAACGUCAAAGCAGUUAUCGUGGAUAUGUUCGUAGCAGGCACAGAUACUUCUUCAGUGGCAAUUGAAUGGGCGAUGUCAGAACUAAUGAAAAAUCCGAUGGUGAUGAAAAAAGUUCAAGUGGAGCUUAGGCAUGCACUCAAGGGAAAAAAUAGGAUCUACGAGUCAGAUAUUCAAGAACUUCAUUACUUUAAACUAGUGAUCAAGGAAACCUUUAGGUUACACCCACCUGUUCCUUUGUUAGUCCCUAGAGAAUCUCGAGUGAAAUGUGAGAUUAAUGGAUACCAUGUUCCUGUCAAUACAAAAGUUUUAAUUAAUGCGUGGAAAAUAGGACGUCAUCCAGAUUACUGGAUUGAUCCUGAAAGUUUCGUACCAGAGAGAUUUAGCGAUAACUCAGUUAAUAUGACAGGAACGGAUUUCGAACUUCUACCAUUUGGGGCUGGAAGAAGAAUGUGUCCAGGGAUGACCUUGGGGUUGGCCAACGUUGAGCUUCCUCUUGCAAUGCUACUCUAUCAUUUCAAUUGGGAACUCCCAGAUGGAACAACAUCUCGAGAUAUUGACAUGAGUGAGACUUUUGGAGCUACUCUUAAGAGGAAAAAUGAUUUGCAUUUAAUUACAAGUGCUUACAACACACAUUAA